UGAAAAUGUUCAAGGUGGAAUUAAAGAACUCUAUGAAUACCCAAAAUGCAUAGUAAUGUAAUUUUAAUAAACAAGAAUGUGAGAUUACAGAAAAUUGAUUCAUAAAUGUGUAAAAGAAUAAUUAAACAAAAUUGACAUUGUAGCGUUAGUGCUAAAUAAAUCUUAAACAAACAAAUGAAAGCAUAAAGGAACAAUGAAUCGGUAAAUCAAAGUAGGUUAGAGAUGGCAUUUUCUUCUCUAUAUGAAGAAAAAUGCCCUUUCACAAGAGACUACAAUUUGAUAAAGGGCGAGUUGAAGAAUAUUGACGAUUAUGACAAAACCUGCAUAGAAACAGCCUUGCAUGGCGUGAAUCAGAUGGUACUGAGCGAAUGGGGUAAUAAUACUGCUUGUCAGAUUAUCUUAGUCACAGAUGGUAGUACGGGUGUAGGGCCAAUGUCACUUAAAGAAUCCCUUGCAACUGCAAAUCAGAGGUCAGCUAAAAUUCCAUUUCCUGUACCAUUUUCGUUUCCAGCAAAGCUGCACAUCAUAUGCCUUACAACAGCUUCAGAUCCUUGUUUCAUAAAAUCCAAGCCUCUUUAUCAACGCUUGAUAGAUAUGACGGGCUACGAUGGUACAAUAUCGGUACAAGAUACUUUCAGUAACGAGGCAAGUGUUACGAGUAUGUUCCAAAAAUUGGCUGAAGAAAUAUAUUCUACUUUCAAAGGUACUUUGAAGUGUGGGAACUUGGAGUCGAAGAUUAUUUUGUCACCUGCUCCAGUGCCAUAUACAAAAGUAACAGAUUUUGACAGUCAAACAUACAAUCUCUGGGACGUUUUGGAUGUAUGUGGGUUUGUAUCGGUGGGAGAUGUAGGUUCUCCAAUGGCGAUUAGCAGACAUUUAAUUCUACCUGCAACAAGUAGCUCCAAUAAGACGGAACAUGUUGUUAAGAACGAAGUUGACAUCACCGAUGAUGAUGUCAUGGAUGAUAGCAAGACGCCGUCAUUUUGCGUUUUACUACACGGAGCUUUGAGGGUUGAAAACAUGGCUGCCUUAGUGACAGUGGGCGAAAAUUGGUUCGGUUUUAUUUAUUCUUGGGCUGAUUCCAAAAAAAAGUCUAAUUUGAUGUUGACCAUACUAUCUCCAGGUAGCGACGCUGUUCCUUGGCUCGGCGACUUAAAUUAUUUAGGCUCAUCAGACAGUUUUUCGUCAGAUCAAGUCGGCAGUUUUCCAGUGAGACCUACAGAGAAGCGAAGCUAUUCUCAAAAUGGCGUCGUAUGGAUUAGACAAGCUGGUUUACAGAGCGAUAUUCAAAAGAUAUUGAGGCAUGCUAGAAAACUACCCGAGAAAACUCAGCAGUUUUACAAGGAACUCAAUCGGCUCAGAAAAGCAGCUAUAUCUCUGGGUUUUCUGGACCUACUGAACGGCCUGGCGUACAUAUUCGAACAAGAAUGUAUGCAAUUACCUGGCACUGCUCAUCCAGACUGUGCACUGCAAUUACAACAUGCUGCAGAUGUCUUGAGGAAAACACAGAACAGAGAUAUCAAAUAUGUUAUCAUUCCUUUGCAAACUAAUUAUACUUCUUCGUAAUUUCCAGUUAAAAUAGCUUCAUAUAAUUUCUAUACAAAACCUUAUCAUUUGUUUAUUAUAUUUAUUAUUUAUAAUAGAACUAGCUACAGAAUGAAAAACAUGCCUGGUUUUGCUGAACAAUUUUUAUUUUAUUUUUACGGAGAAUAUUCUAGCAAAGUGAAAGUUUGACCGACAGAAGACAUACUAGAAAUGUUAGCCUACUUAUCAGCAUGGUCUAUGCUUGGUCGCUUGUCUCUGGAUGAAUGAACGAAAACAACGCAACUGUGCGGAGGUACGGUCUAUCGAAAUUCCUGUAAGCCAGCGCAAAGCGCCAUCUAUUUGUUUACAUUUGUUUAUAGUUGUAGUCACCGUUCUUGGCGGGUCAAAGUAAGAUACCAGUAUCCCUUUAUAUAUCUCCAUCUCCACCAUACAUACACAUGCAACCUACCCCUAUGUGCCAACGUUUGUUCGUAAGCUCAAAGACAUACGUUUUUUUUUUUGUUGUUGUGUCUCCGUCUCGAAAAGUUUUUCGUUACGUAUGAAUGCCCUUUAAUCAUAUUUAUCAGAGUGUCAACUCACUUGACAUCGGUGUGCAAUUUGUGUUCUUUUAUCAAUCUUCAAUAUAAAAUUGUAUUUACAAUGCCUGGAAAUACGAUCAAUGUAGAAGGCCGACAGAUCGUGCUAAAUUUAUUAGAGUAUUUCCAAAAAGAGAAUGAAAACAGCGGUCCCCUGAUAUAGUCAAAAUCACGAAAGAUGACUAUUACGUCAUACCAUAAAUUGUACAGAAGUAAUCAAUGGGCGUACGUCGGUGAUAAAAUCACGAGUCAGGAACAUAACAAAUUUAUAUUAUGAUUUUUCGAAGUUAGGUUAUUUCACUGAUUAUUUUUAUUUUUAUUUUAUUUCAUGGUUUUGAGUGAUACCUUAAUAAUAAUUUUAAUGGGGAGUUUUUGUUUUGAAAGGAACAGUUAUGAAUAGAAUACCUUAAGACAGGAACAUCAACAUAACCUAACUAUUCAUUUUUCAAAUAUGAUCGAUCAUGCAACAUGAAAACAUCGUCUAUCUUUGUCGGAUACAUGCAAACUAGCAAUACAGUUUGUUUAGACAAUAAAAUUCCGUUUGUCCCUGUCUAACAUAACAGAAACUUCAUCAAAUAUAUUCACAAAUCGCUGUCGUUUAUCUUUACUACAGACUAAAAUGAUGACGUAAUCGUCAUCUUUCGUGAUUUCGACUUUACCCACUUCAUGCGUACUGGAGAGAGUAGCAGUUGUGCUGAAGAUUAGUCUGCGCCCAUGGUACGGACCUCGAUCUGUUUACUUAUUUCUGCCAAGAACCGGGACUACAACUAUAGAUGAUAUUGUGUUUGCUAAAAUAUGACACAUGCAAGGUCUUCCGUACUUCCAUACCUAAUGGUAGUAUAGUCACCUGGACUAGGCGGACGGUUAAAAAUACAGAGCCGGACUUAUUUUUUUGUUUUUUAUCAAUCCAGCGCCUUUUAAGCUGAAAAUUGGAAAGUUUGACUCAGCACAAAAAAGCCAAUGAAUGGUGCUAACUAAUUAAC